AUGGCGACGGACGAGGUCGGCGCUGGGGCGGUAGGCCGAUCCACUUUGCUCCUUUCUCAACGGGUGCGCGUGAGGUUUUAUCCGGCGUCUGACCCUCAAGAACCGGGAGUAUGGAGAAACAUCAGCAGUAUCGAGAAUCGUCACGUCCCCCCAAGCCAUCUCGGCGCUCGUCAGGCUGGCACCGGCAUUCACGGCUGUCGACCCCUACACCGGCAGAAAUUCACACUCUCCCGAGACUACCACGCCGCUUGGGAGCACCCUCAUCCAACCGGGACUAACCGAUCCAAGUCGUCGACGAGGAUACACGCUUCCGCCGCCAGUUUGAAGGUCUGGUCUAGGCGCUUUGAAACGCUCCUCCGGUACGACGCGCCGCGCCGCAGGUGA